GCGGGUUUAAAGCAUAUGUUUUUGUUUCUGUUUCGUGUGCAGUCAUUUGUGUUGAUCUUUUUAUUACUUUAAUUUGCAGUGACUCUUCCCGUAGGAACAUUUCUAUGGGACAGCACUUAAUAGAGACUUCCAGUAAUGUCAGGUUGCUCGGUUAUCCCUCUGACGUUACCGCAGUGGGACGGGGGCGCGAGGAGGAUUCGUUUCAUUUACCUGGUGGGUCUGACAUCGUUCAGACUGACAGAGAGCACCAAACAGGAUUCAACGAUUCCGCUCUAUUUGGGAGCCGAUCUCCUCUCAAAGACUGAUGUCCGUACAGAAAACCAUCCAAGACACCAUGCCAAGUUUGCCAAGAAAGGCCUUGCAACAAAAAUAACUUUUUCCUCAGGUAAAAGUCACCCACCAGGACAGACACAUUGUCACACUGAUCCCCCUGAUUGUGUUCAAGCUUUCAGGUUUCACGGCUUGAAGGUACCCUCUGCAAAUAACAGCCUGUGGUUCUACAGCAUUCAGGGACUUUUUCGAGUAGCCUUUGAGUUGUACAGUAAGCAAGAUCAGCUUGCUGUGCUGGAGAAUUUCCAGGAUGUCUGGAAAGCACAGAUCAGUGACAGCCCUCUGCAAGUGAGUUACAGCCUCAGCGUGCAGCUGGACCCUUCAGGGUCGCUCAGCCAGUGUGACUCACAAUCAAAGGGUGUAAUAUCACAGCCUCCUUAUUGCCAGGCUAACAAGGACGUGGUAGAUGUUAGUAGCAUGGACACUUCUGACACAUCAGCAGAUCACGAUUAUUGUUCUCUUCCCAAGCAGAGCUUACAAUCUGAGCAAAGAGAAGUAGUGAUAUCAACAGUGAGACAAAAAUUGCACCGCUUGGAUGAACAGUUCUCCUCUGAGCCUCAAAGCUGCUCAGAGCAGCUGGAGACGGUCUUGCUGCUUUUGGAGAACAUCGAUCGCUACAUAAACGGGAGACUUGAAGAAAAAGAUGCGACGGAGAUUGUGCUGGCUCUGCUAAAGGCCAAAGACUGGGGCCCGGUGUAUUCAAGCAGCCUGCUCACUUGUAUAGGACGUUGGCUUGGCCAGCAGUUUCAUGCAGCCAACAGCAGCAUCAGCCAGAAGGUGGAGGGCUUUAAACUUCAGCACAUUGAGCGCAUCAGCGACCUGCCACCUGCUGAGGAACUAACCACAGAGCUGUUCCCUGAAGCGAUGCGGACGCUGCUGCUUCACUGGAUGGGCUUAAGUGAGGACUUCAGCCUUGAAAAGAGACGCAGCGAAUACCCAAUCAUGCUCCUCAUCCUCGAGUUUGCCAACCACAACCUCAUCACUGGCGUAGCUCAUGUGUUGUACUCCAGUCUUAUAUGCAGGUAAAAGUGUCAACAUAAGACCUGUUUUUCAAUGGAACAACGUUUUAUAUUCAAAUAAAGGUUUAU